GUUACUCGCGGGGUUGGCGGAGGGGGCCGGGCUCUGCUGGACUCGUGCGUCCUGCGCCCGCCGCGGCGGAGCUGAGCCCGAGGUCCUGCGCCUGCCGUACUGCGGCCGCCGCCUCUGAGCCUCCGCGUCCGCGGCUGCAGACUGCCGAGCGAGCCCCCCGGCUGCGGCUGCCCAGAGCAGGUGCCUAUGAAGCCGCAGUUCAGAGCCUUUUUAUCCUCCUCCUCCUGUCACUUCUUUCCCACGGGGAGUAUGGAUCAAGAUUUUUUUGGGGGUACAGAAGCCACAGUGCCCCUGAGGCAGAAGUCCUGGUAGCUGACCUGGCUGUGGUCUUGCAGCUGGAGUUGCCUGUAGCUUAGAGCCAGCGUGGAGGCGGCAGCCCAGCCCUGCUGCAUCAUGCCGGCGUUGUCAACAGGCUCUGCAGGUGACACAGGUCUGUACGAGCUGCUGGUGGCGCUGCCAGCCCAGCUGCAGCCACACAUGACCAGCCAGGAGGACCUGACCUUCCUCUGGGAGACGUUCGGUGAAAAGAGCCUGCAUUCACUGGUCAAGAUCCACGAGAAGCUGCACUAUUAUGAGAAACAGAAUCCCGUGCCCAUCGUCCAGGGUGCGGCGGCCUUAGCUGAUGAUCUGGCCGAAGAGCUUCAGAAUAAGCCGCUGAACAGUGAGGUCAGAGAGCUGUUGAAACUGCUGUCAAAACCCAACGUGAAGGCUUUGCUCUCUGUACAUGAUACUGUGGCUCAGAAGAACUACGACCCUGUGUUGCCUCCCAUGCCUGAUGACAUUGAUGAUGAGGAAGACUCAGUAAAAAUCAUCCGCCUGGUCAAAAACAAAGAACCGCUGGGAGCCACCAUUAAGAGGGAUGAGCAGACCGGAGCCAUCACUGUAGCUCGAAUCAUGAGAGGAGGAGCCGCCGACAGAAGUGGUCUUAUCCAUGUCGGUGAUGAGCUUAGGGAAGUGAAUGGAAUACCAGUGGAGGAUAAAAGGCCUGAGGAAGUAAUACAGAUUUUGGCACAGUCUCAGGGAGCGAUUACAUUCAAGAUUAUCCCCAGCAUCAAGGAAGAGACUCCAUCUAAAGAAGGCAAGAUAUUUAUCAAAGCCCUCUUUAACUAUGACCCCAACGAGGACAAAGCCAUUCCAUGUAAGGAAGCCGGGCUUGCUUUCAGGAAGGGAGAUAUCCUUCAGAUUAUGAGCCAGGAUGAUGCAACCUGGUGGCAAGCAAAGCACGAAGGUGAUUCCAACCCCCGGGCCGGCCUGAUCCCCUCCAAGCACUUCCAGGAAAGGAGGUUGGCUCUGAGACGACCAGAAUUAUUAAUUCAGCCCCUGAAAGUUUCCAACAGGAAAUCAUAUGCUGACUCAGCUGGGCACAGCAGUGGAGCCUCCAUAGCUGGAUUUAGAAGAAGUUUUCGUCUUAGUAGAAAAGACAAGAAGACAAACAAAUCCAUGUACGAAUGCAAGAAGAGCGACCAGUAUGACACGGCCGAUGUGCCCACCUACGAGGAAGUGAUGCCAUACAGGCGACAAACGGAUGAGAAGUACAGGCUCGUGGUCUUGGUUGGUCCUGUGGGUGUCGGCUUGAAUGAGCUGAAGCGGAAGCUGCUCAUCAGCGACACCCAGCACUAUGGUGUGACAGUGCCUCACACUACCAGAGCAAGAAGAAGCCAGGAGAGUGAUGGUGUUGAAUAUAUUUUCAUUUCCAAACAUCUGUUUGAGACAGAUAUACAGAACAACAAGUUUAUCGAAUAUGGCGAAUAUAAAAACAACUACUAUGGCACAAGCAUAGACUCAGUUCGGUCUGUCCUAGCUAAAAACAAAGUCUGUCUGUUGGAUGUCCAGCCCCAUACAGUGAAGCACUUAAGGACACUAGAAUUUAAGCCCUAUGUGAUAUUUAUAAAGCCUCCUUCAAUAGAGCGUUUGAGGGCAACAAGAAAGAAUGCAAAGAUCAUUUCCAGCAGAGAUGACCAGACAGCUGCAAAACCCUUUACAGAAGAAGACUUUCAAGAAAUGAUAAAAUCUGCACAGAUAAUGGAAAGUCAGUAUGGUCAUCUUUUUGAUAAGACUAUCGUAAAUGACAAUCUCACUGUAGCAUUCAGUGAACUGAAAACAACUUUUGACAAAUUAGAGACAGAAACCCACUGGGUUCCAGUGAGCUGGUUACAUUCGUAACUAAGGCAGAUUUCCAGGAUCAGCCUUGCUUGGGAAAGUGCAUGGUUGAGCCAGUUACCGUUCUGGUGGUAGGUUUGUUUGUUUGUUUGUUUAGUCUUAUCACUUUUUAGAUGUGCAAUCUUGAUUGAACGUGAAUGUCAGUCUUGUUUCUUCUUAUAGCUUUAUUUCCAACAGUGUUGGGAUAUAAGGUCCAGAAGUGGCACAGUACUUUGUUCUGAACAAAACUUUGAACCUUCUGGUUGUUUUUAGUACAUAUAGCAUGAAGCUGGACAUUGUAGAGAGCUGGGAAAUAGAAUGUAUGUUGGAAAUGACUGCUUCUGCUGGUCCUUGACAACCUCACAGCAACCAGGUCUGCAUGUUAGCAGCUGACGGCUCCAAGCAGCUUUGAGAAGCUUCCUGCUGUUUUCAAAGCAUCACGUAGGACAGCAGUAAGGAGAAGUGCUUUUUCUAUUCUCAAGAUGCAACAUUUUUUUCUUAUGUAAGCACACAUACACAGUUAUACCUGAAGCGUGUACAUUUACAGAUCUUACCUAAAGGAAUUAGUGGGAGUUUGCCUGAGUGAGUGACCUCCCUGUUACAGUUCGAAGAAGUCCUAAUAAGGGGAGAGAGAGAGAGAGCUUGCUGUAUGUUUUAGUCAGAAUGGUGAUAUCUGGAAGCAAGUCAUGAUUAUUACAAGGGUCAUUUUUACUGGUGACUUCCUGCAUGGGAUUUCUAGAGUCACCAAAAAAAGGAAUUUCUAAAGCAGGCUUCGAAUUGUCCCAGAAAAUGAAUGAUACGGUUAGAGAAGAUGUGAUCAUGUUUUACACAUCUAUUUAAUUUAAAUUGGACCAAGGUGUAUGUUAAAAAACUUAUUUCAUGUUAACUUACUACUUCAUCAAGUCAGCUCUUACACUGGCCAGAUGCCAUCCCAAUCUUGCUAUUUUAAAAAGAAGUUUCAUACUGUAAAUAUUUGGGUGGGUAACUCAUAUUUCCUUGAUCCUACGGAUGUUCAUGUAAAUUCCACAGCUCACCGUGCUAGGACCGUAAGUUGUGCAAGGGACAUCCUGUCAUCCUUGCAUGUGCACAGUCCUUGCCAAUGAAAGUCCACCGCAGCUGUGACCGUCCAACUGAAACCCGUUACUUUGUGUUGAUUUGUAAAGUAAGUUUAGAUGUUGUGUAUAAAGAAAAAUAGACUUUAGUGAAAAUGUACAUAUUUGUGAGACAUUUGCACAGCCUAUUUUCUAAUUAUGAAAUGGGGCCAGUCAUAAAGAUGGAUCAGUGACAUGUGAAGAGGUCAUCAUUUAAAAUAGUUUUCUAAGUCAGCGUCAACAUUCCAUGUAAAUAUUUGCUCUGGAUUUGUGCAUAGAUGCACAGUGUCUUACAUGUGCAUUACCCACUGGGCUGCCUUUAGAUGUGUCACAUUUCGUAUCAGAAAUGUAAAACUACUUGAAUGGCCUUCCUACACCGACACACAUGUCGCCUAACUGUUACAAGCAGACUGCUGAUGAGUCCUCCCUCUGGUAACUGUCAGGUCUGGUACUGGAGCGAUACUUGAUUAACAGACGGUUUGGGUAGAAUAAUCGUUUCAAAUUUUCUAGACAUGAGGGAUUGUAGAAAGGAUGUUGCAGUGCCACUUAGGCAUUCUAAAUUCUGAAAUAUCUACAUUUUUAAAAAAAUUUAAAAUGGUUAGAUAAGAAGGUGAUGGAGGGUAUGGGGAAAAAAAUAAGAGAUUUUACCCAUUUAGACUACAGCUGCACGGUGCUUUUAAAAUGAUUUAAAGGGGCCGCUCCGAAGUCUUUUAUCAUCGGUUUUCAACAGGCGGUUAUGGGGCGCAUCUUGAUGCUUAGACAGGGAUUUGGGUGGAAUUUACAAAAGCAGGACCGACUUCAAGGGCUCGUUGACUAAUGCAAAAAACGCCCUUGAUUUUGUUUUCCUCAACCCACCCCACCCCCAACAGUCUUAACCACUGUUUGAGCAAAUGGGAAUAUUUAUUUUUGAAGUCCUUUUAUUUAAAAGCUAGGAUAAAGGAAAAUCUAUCUGCUUGUAAUUGACAACUUAGAAUAGGUUAUAAAAUAGUUGAAAUCAAAGCCUAUCUUACCAUUGUUUUGCAUAAUUGGAUGUAUCUAAAUUGUAAUCAUUUAUAAUUGACAACCAUGUGAAUGAAUGUCUCAGAUUUAUUAAAAAAAAAACUGUUAAAAGCUUCCUGGAGAUACAGAUUUUUAUUAUUUAUUUUCUUUUUGACUAGUAAGGAUUUAUAAAUGUAACAAGAUCUUUGAUCUUAAUAAAGUAUCUUAAAAAGA